CUCUAAAAGUCAAUCGAGUAACAUACUACCACUACAAUGAAGGUAUUCCUGGCUGUCGCACUCCUGGUCGCUGCAGUUGCUGCAGAACCACCAAGGUACCGUCCACAACAGAGGCAGUAUUAUUUCGCUAAACAGCAAGAAGAAACCCCAGCUGAAGCACCUUACCCGGCAUCCGGAUCGAGGCCAGCUGGACCAGCCUUUAAUCUUCCCCAGAGAGAGUCUCAGGCGCCUCAGCAGCAAUACGGAGCGCCUGAACAGCAAUACGGAGCACCUCAACAGCAAUACGGAGCACCUCAACAACAAUACGGAGAACCCAGCGUUCCUCAGCAACAGUACGGUGGACCUGGCGCGUUUCAGCCGCAAUAUGCAGGAUUCAACGGACGUCAGCAACAAUUUGGAAGACCCAGCACGCCGCAGCAGCAAUACGGAUCACCCAACGAGCCUCAGUCGCAGUAUGGAGCGCCUCAGCAACAGUACGGAGCGCCUCAAGAAGCCACCACCACCGAAGUGCCCAGCACCACCGAACUGGACGACGCCAGUACCGUCACAAGCGUCACCGAGUCUGAGUCCGAGCCCGUGAACUCCGUGAACGAGCUCGAGGACGAAGACGUGGACGAGCAGCAGCCACAGCAGUCCGGCGAGUACUACAUCGCCCUCCCUGACGGACGUCUUCAGCGCGUGCGAUACAUCAGCCGUCAGAACAUCGAGGCCAUGAAGUACUUCGCGAAGAUUCGCGCUGAGAACGUGGAACCUCUUCGCGGGCCCAUCUACGCCUACAGUCCCCUACAGAAGCUGCAAAUACUGCCAGCUGGUCUCCAAGUAUCCGUCGCGCCGAUCGCGCCGAUCGCAGCUGCGUCUGCAGACUCGAAACCGCAGAAACUCGAAAUCAACCCGGUUGCCAGCCAAGUGCAAUACCAAUACGACAAUCCAGCCGGCGUCAUUCCGCUGCCCACCGGCCCAGUGAGCUCCCCCUACACUACUUACACGACUAAUUACCAAGUACCCGCCAGCGAGUCCAGAUACCUUCUGACCUUGCAGUAAGAUCGAAAGAGAACGAAAUUUUCGUGUAUUUAUGUGUAAAUUUAUGUAUUCUGACGAGGAUCCCGACGCGUACUAAUUCAAUUUCUCCGAACUCGUACAUGUGUAGAUAUAAUGGGUCGAAUCUAUAUCGUAAUUGUAACUUAGGGUUGACGCAACAAUAAAACUGAUGAUUA